AUGUCCCUUCUCCAGACAGGGAACCUGGCAUUGAAAAAGGCCAAAAGCAUGUCAUUAUUCGCUAGACUUGUGAUAAAUGCACAUAGUGCACAAACAAGACUGCAUGCCGGGUCCCGUCGUGGAUUUCACUUGACCUCCAGUCUCAAUAAGUCUGUCAAAAGAGGGAGUGACCAAUCUCCGGGCCCAAGAUAUGUACAAGGACCAACUUUACCCGCACUCAAACUCGUUGUUCAAGCUCUGGAAGACGGUCCACCGCAGAUGUUAACGAAAGAGGAGAUGGAAGAGGUGCAAAAGUUGAGUAUGAGUGGGAAGAAGAAGAGGAAGAAUGGUCCCAAACUCGUGGACGAUAUGAUACAUGACUGGACUUGGGAGCUUGUGCCUCCUGGAAGUGAUGUAACUCCCAUAGAGCAACGGGAAUCCAUACCAACACAGAAAGGAGACCUCAUUUGGAUGAAGCACCUGGUUCUGACUGAGGCGCAACGAGUGGCAUAUGGUGUCGACAAGAUUCUACAAGAAGCCAACAGUCGGAACAUUGAUGUUCCCGCGCAAGACAGGACUUAUGGGAGCGUCCUAGCGGUAAAAUGGCAAGAUCGGACGAACAAAGAUCGUACUUCUGCAUUACGUUCGAACGAACAAUCUACCAUCUCAUCGAAUCAAACUCGAGAGAUCGGGGUACCGUUUCUUAACAGUUCCAAAAAGGUAGAGGCUACUAACAAGCCAAAACCCUACCUAAACCCAGACGAACCUGAAUAUAGACAAAGUCGUAAAGGAGCAAACGAUAUUCCCUUGUCUUUACAAGAUCCCAGGCGACGUCAAUACGGUUUUCACUACGGCCUCCCUAAGCAGAAAGAACUUUUGAGAGCAGCAAAUGCUCGCGAAUAUGAUCAAGAGGAAUGGAUAGGCAACGUAAACGCCUUACAAUCUACUCAUUAUGAUAGGAUAUUUUCCCUAAUCAAAGUCGAAAUGUCUAUCGAUAUUGUUCGUUUUAUUGCUGUUUGCACCUGA